GUUAAGUGGAAAAAGACGAAAAAAAAAGACGUCGUAAAUACGAGAAAAAUAGAAGAAAAAUCUUUUAAAUGUUUAUCCAAAGUAACAGCAGCCUUUUGGAUAAUAGCAGCGGUGGUGGUGGUGGUGGUGGUAGUGGUGAGGGCGGUGGCGGCGGCAGUAGCAGUAGCGAAGGUGGCGAAGGCGUUAGCGUAGGAGAUAGCAGUAGUACUAGCACUAGUUGUGCUGCUAGCGAAGGCGGCGGCAGCCAAGAAUUAAUAUAUCCGCACAGAUCUCAGCAAAGCGGUGAUGCGAAACCGACUACGUCGCGAGAAUUCAAUAACAAUAAUAGCAGCAUUAGUGCUGGAGCCAAAAGAUCAUUUAAUUUGAAUUUUCAUUUCGGUGGGCACGGCACAAAUAACAAUAAUAAUCCCAGUAAUCGUAAACUUUUAAACGUUAUGGGGCCGGGAGAAAAUUUUUGGAAUUCCGUUGCCUCAAAUACAUCAUUAACCUAUUCGGCAUCUUCUUCUUCGACGUCCUCAACUACGUCAGCUUCUCCAACGGCCUUAGCUUCAUCUUCAACGCUUUCCUCGGAAGUUAGUGGACCCGGUACAGUACAAAGGAUAUUCACCGCUAAUAAUGGCAUUAAAGAUAAAAACGAAUUGAUUUUAGUCACUGGCGGCUCCGCUAGUAAUGGUUUUGCGGAGGGAAUGCUAACUGUUCAACGUAAAUCCAACUGUAAAUCGGACGUGAAUGAUUCAAGGAAUAAAAAUGGACCUCAAACAUUCCUCAAUGCACCCGAUAAUGAUGAUGAACUUAUUAAACAACUGCCAAAGGAAAUUUUAUUACGUAUAUUUUCAUAUUUGGAUGUGGUUUCAUUAUGCAGAUGCGCCCAAGUCUGCAAAUAUUGGAACAUACUUGCCUUAGAUGGAUCCUGUUGGCAGAAAGUCAAUCUAUUUGAUUUUCAACGUGAUAUUGGGGGACCCGUCAUUGAAAAUAUAUCGGUACGUUGUGGAGGAUUUUUAAAAUUUCUUUCUCUACGUGGUUGCCAAUCGGUGGGAGAUAAAUCUAUACAAUAUUUAGCUGAACACUGCCACAACAUAGAACAAUUGGAUUUAUCUCAAUGCAAAAUAAUUACUGACAUUUCAAUUGAAUCGAUAAGUCAUUACUGUUCAAAAUUAACCUCAAUCAAUUUAGAAUCAUGUUCUAAUAUAACCGACAACAGUUUAAAAUCCAUUUCGGAUGGUUGUUUGAAUUUGUUAGAAAUCAAUGUUUCGUGGUGUCAUUUGAUAACGGAAAAUGGUGUUGAAGCUUUAGCGCGCGGUUGUACAAAAUUAAGAAAAUUCUGCAGUAAAGGUUGUAAAUUGGUGAACGAUAAUGCCAUCUCUUGUUUGGCUAAAUUUUGUCCAGACCUAAUGGUGCUCAACUUACACAGCUGUGAGAAUAUUACCGACUCAUCGAUACGACAAAUAGCCAAUAAUUGCCCGAAACUACAGAAAUUAUGCGUUUCAAAAUGUGCCGAACUGACCGAUCUCUCUCUAAUGGCACUCUCCCAAAAUAAUCCUUUUUUGAAUACCCUUGAAGUAUCCGGCUGUCGCAAUUUCACCGAUUUAGGCUUUCAGGCAUUGGGUAAAAAUUGCAAAUAUUUAGAACGUAUGGAUCUAGAAGAGUGCAAUCAAAUUACCGACUUAACAUUGGCUCAUUUGGCAACUGGUUGCCCAAGUCUCGAAAAAUUGACUUUAUCCCACUGUGAGCUAAUAACGGACGAUGGAAUACGCCAGUUAGCCGCCGGAAGUUGUGCAGCUGAAAGUUUAUCCGUCCUCGAAUUGGAUAAUUGUCCUCUUAUAACGGAUCGUACAUUAGAGCAUUUAGUUUCUUGUCAUAAUUUACAAAGAAUUGAGCUAUUCGACUGCCAAAUGAUUACCAGGGCAGCCAUACGCAAAUUAAAGCAACAUCUACCAAAUAUUAAGGUACAUGCUUAUUUUGCCCCAGUCACACCGCCACCAGUUACUACUGGACAUCGACCAAGGUAUUGUCGUUGUUGUGAGAUUCUCUGAGAUUCAGCCAUUGGCUUUGCCCGUAAAUUACUGUGCAAAGGCCCCAAGGACUGAUGUCUGUAUAUAUUUGCGAGCACGUUAUUGAUUGUCUUAACAAUAAUCAUGGCUUCGCUGUUCCUGAUGUACAUCUGUACAGCGAUUUAUAAUUUUAUUUAGAAGAGAGAGACAAAAAUCACAAAAUAAUCGAAA